GGAGAAGCAGCAGCGGCAGCAGCGGGCGGGGGCAGGGCAGGUGCUGCGAUCGCAUGCAGGGAAGGAGCCAACAGGCCGGCAUUGGCAGCAGGGGGUGCAGUCGGGGCUGCUGCAGAAGCAUGGAGGCGUGGGGCAGCAGCAGCAGCUGCGGUGGCAGCAGCAGCAGCAGCUGCGGUGGCAGCAGCAGCAGCAGCAGCAGCAGCUGCGGUGGCAGCAGCAGCAGCAGCAGCAGCAGCAGCAGCUGCGGUGGCAGCAAGGGCACAACACCAGCGGUACCAAGGCGACCCCGCAGCGCCCCCUGCCGCCCGCCUCGCCUAUGCCCCUGCUGGCCCCCGGCUCGGUUCGAUUCCAGUUGCUGCUGGCGCGGGUGGACUCGGAGGGCGGCAGUGUCACGCUGCUGCGUCCAGACGACCUGCUGCGCAGCGGGCUGAGGGGCUGAGGGCUGAGGGGCUUGCAGCGGUCGUUGUGGGCGAGGGCGCAGGGAUGUGUGGUGGCUAGGGGGCGGCGGGGCUUGCUGCGGAGUGGAGAGGCUGAUGGAGAAGGGGGCAAGCGCCUGUGCGGGGCAGUGGUGCUGUAGAAGGGCAGACGGGGAUGGUGUAAUAGGUUUUUGGGUAUGUUUACGGGGGGGGUAUGUUUACAGGGGUUUCGCCGCAAGGGCAGCCGAAGAGGGUGGUUAAGGGUUUGGGGCAUGUUCAGGAAACCGGUGUGCGUAGGGAGCACGACGCAACGCAACCGAGGAUGUUGGUUUGUGGGCUUGUCGCAGGAGAAGGG